AUGGUUCUAACGCGUCUUUCUGGCCAACUAGCUUGUACAAGACAGUAUAACUGCCUGACUUUAACGCGUCGGGCCUACGUCACCUUAAAAAUCUCAGAGUCUGGAGGCUCCCAACCAAGUUCAAAGCACAACGAAACCUCGAGCGCAUCACCUUUGCCAAAAAGAUCUCAGAAAACUAAAGUCAAGUUCUCGGAUCUACCUGAUGUAUAUGUGGCACCUUCAGGGAUAUCAGCAAGCCCUCUCAUAUCAUGCAUUCAGAAAAUUGAAUCCGACGACAAGGUUUCCGUAGACAAUGCUGCUAAACCUACGCGUAAACGUCGCUCGGUCAAAUCUCAACCUCCUCUCGAAGUUGCGGAUGAAGAUGUCGAAUCCAAGCUGCCUGAAAAGGUAUCUAAAGCAUCGAAAGUUGCCAAACCUACCACCUUUCUCUACAGGCAAAUUGUGUCCAAUCUGAAACAAUUCCCUCAUUGUCUACUUCUCACUCGGAUUGGCCAAUUCUACGAGGUACCUUUGCCCAUAAACCCUUCAUUUAACACUUGCUUACCUUCACCAAAGUCCUAUUUUGACCAAGCUGUCGAGAUAUCGCAUUUAUUGAACAUCAAGUUGACAAGUAGGAAAUGGAACGGAGAACGUAUAGCCAUGUGCGGCUUCCCGAUCAUACAUAUCGACAAGCACCUCAAAACCUUAGUCCAACAAGAAAAACGUUUUGUCGCUCUAUGUGAAGAAUUCCCCUUACAAUCAGACUCGAAAUUCAAUUCCAAGGAAUUUGAACGGAGAGUAACCCGGAUUGUUACUCCAGGGACGUUAAUUGACGAAUCAUUCGUCAAUCCUCUUGUAAACAACUACCUUCUUGCCAUCAGUCCUUCUCCAGACCCGGAUGACUGCACUAAUGCUACAGAAACCGGGCUCGCUUGGAUCGAUGUUUCAACGGGGGAAUUUUUUUCAAAACAAUGCAAACUUGAAAACGUUCCUGACGAACUUGCUCGGUUGGCUCCUCGUGAAGUCGUGCUCGAAGAUUCCUUGCGCCAAAAAUUAAAACAUCCCAUAUUUUCAGCCUUCACCGAAGGUAACUUUCUUGUAUCUUAUACUACGCCCGUCUCCUCGACGAUGGAUCAUCUAUAUUCUGCUUCAAGUAUAAUCGAAACACCUCAAUCUGUGCUUGAUGAUGUGUCACAUUCCUCUGACGAGGUAUUUGAUCCACCGCUGCGCGAUGGAGAAGAAACCAAAGAAUCCUCAGUCUUACCCUCGCAAGCUGCUAUCCGGGAAUCAAUUGCAGUCAAUCUACUCACAAAAUAUCUGCAAGAUAAUCUAUUGGAACAUAUGCCAAAGCUUGAUGCCCCAUUACAUGAAAGUGCUCAUGACCGCAUGCAAAUCGAUUUACACACCAUUCAAGGCCUGGAGAUCCGCGAAAGUGGUCAUGAAGGUAGUAGUACGGGAAGUUUGCUGAGUGUCAUCAAGAGGACGACGACGAGCGGCGGCGCUCGACUAUUGGCAAGAUGGCUCUGUUCUCCAAGUACAUCAAUACCGGAAAUAAAUGCUCGUCAAUCACUGGUAGCAUUUUUCCGUAGUCGGCCUCAUUUCCGCAUGGACAUCACCAACAUCUUGAAUGAGAUAGACGACGUUGGUCGGUUAUGUCAACGAUUCCUGUUGGGACGUGCUGAUUUUGGCGACCUUGCUUCGAUACGCAACACAAUCCACUUUUGGUCCUCCCUCAAGGAUAUAUGCGCUCAAGAAAAGGUGCUGGAACAAUCCGAGAGUCGUGACUCUUGUCGUCUAGGCGAAUGGAAUGCUAUGGAUUCUUUGCUUGAACGGUUGAUCAGUCUUGAAAGUCUUUCAGAGAAAAUCACAAAUGCAAUUAUCAUAAACGCUAAUGUCGACUCCAACGACUCGCUGGAAGUGAUCGGCGAUAUCGAUGCUCCGCCUGACUCACAGAUAUUGACAUCAAUGUCUGAAAGACCUGAAUCCCAUAAAAGUUUUAUAAAUCCGCAAUUUUCUGAGAAGUUGACAAAUCUGAACGAAACUUUGAAGAGAUUAUCCAUGGAUAAAGACAAGAUGGAAUCCGAUCUUCGGCUUAAAUAUGAUGCUCCUUCUCUCAGUCUUCGGUCAGCAUCAGGUCAAGGAAUGUUUAUACAUCUUUCUCGAGCAAAGCGUGACAAAAGAAAGUUGGACCUUGACCCCGAUUUCUACAGCAUUGGAGAAAGUCUAACAACUAAAAGUUACAUCUACAGGGGUUGGUCAGAACUUGGAGCUGCGAUAGCGGAAACAUCAUUUGCUAUUGGUCAAGCAGAGAGAGAGGUUUUCGAAGGGCUCAGUCUCGAGGUUAUACAACAUGCGAGGGGGUUGCGACAGAAUGCGCAAGUCAUUGAUGAGUUGGACGUAGCUAUUUCAUUUGCCAUACUAGCGGAUGAGAUGAAGUUUGUUCGCCCAGAAUUAUCUAACGACGGUUGCUACAACGUUGUCAACGGUCGACAUGCUUCUGUGGAAAUGGGAUUGCUUUCCUCAGGACGGCAGUUUACCCCAAAUUCAGUGUCCAUGGACCCCUUCUCGAAUUUGCAUAUCAUUACAGGUCCCAACAUGGCCGGAAAAUCGACCCUUCUUCGUCAAACUGCAGUCAUAGCCAUUCUGGCCCAAGUGGGGUCUUGUGUCCCCGCCGACUAUGCAUACAUAAGCAUAGUUGACAAGCUUUUCUCUAGAAUCGGUGCUAAGGAUGAUCUGUUCCGUGAUCGAAGUACAUUCAUGGUUGAAAUGCUCGAAACGGCCGAUAUUCUACGCCGAGCUACUGAAAAGAGCCUCGUUAUUAUGGAUGAAGUUGGCAGAGGCACAACAGUAAAAGAUGGCUUAGCAAUCGCCUUCGCUGCUCUUCACCAUUUGGCGACUGUUAACAAAAGUCGUUGUUUAUUUGCAACCCACUUCCACGAAUUGGCUGAAAUGGUAGGAAAUAAAAAUAACGUAUGCGGUUCCGGCGCAUUCCACAACGUGCGUUUUUACUGCAGUGACGUUGAAGAUGCUGGUGAGGGACAUUUCACAUACUCCUACAGAGUUCGACCCGGAAUCAACCGCGACAGCCACGGUCUUAAGGUUGCGCGUCUUGCAGGAAUUCCUUCUUCUGCUAUGGAUGUUGCCACUGAUACAUUAUCUUGGUUGAGGAAGAACGGAACAGGAAGUAUACAAGAAAAUUAUAAUGAUUUCCUACAAUCUGCUGUGAAUUCUACAUUGUGA